UCUCCCGGAUCAGCAGUUCCUCCAUCAGACGCGCUCCUCAACUUCGAACCCUAUCUAUGCGUCCCAUUCACCUCGAGGACGCCGUAUCCCAGACAACAUUCGUCAGACUUCUUCAGAACUGUCCCAAUCUGACAGAGCUGCAGCUUGAAACAAAGGAGCCGGACGCCAUCUUCGAUAUGCUUAUACGCAAUGUCGAGCAUUUGUCAAACCUCAAAGUGCUGGAACUCUGUGUAGGAUCUUCAUCGGACCAUAUCAUUAUCGAUUUCCUCAAGGGCGAGGUUCAGGGCGCGUGGGCCAGAUUAAGCGACGGUCUGGUUUAUAAACCAUCGUAUCUGCUGCUUUUACAGAAAGGCCUACUCACUCGACUGAGGAUUGUGAGUACCGCUAUUGAUCUGCCGGAGGAAUUACUUGCAGGGAUCCUAUACAGAAAUCCAAGGCUCUUAGAAGUCAAGGUCCUUUGCUUAUGCGCGGAAUUUCUUGAGAUUCUCGACCUGAUUAUAUCGGGGAGAGAACGAGGGAGGGCAAUGGGAUACGUCUGUGCACCAUUACGACUCGACUUUACAGCCGUUCCCGACGACACAGCCGACGAUCGUAUCAUCUCCUCUGUACACCUCUCAAAAGAGUCUGAUGUGCUCGACAUGUCCACUGACAUCAUACUGGGGCGUACAUCGCAGCCUGAUCAGGACUGUCUCUCCUCGCUAAUCAGCCGAUACGGAUGGUCUAUCAAAAUACUGGAUGCCCUGUCUGGAACGCUCAGCGAUGGUAUUGCUCAGCAACUAGACAAUUUAACGGAAGAAAAAGGAUCUAGGAUCACGACUCUUGCGCUGGACGCACGUAGACUGUCCUCUGUGGGUCUGGAAUGCGUGGCUCGAGUCAUGGAUCGGUCGAGUUAUCUACAGGAGUUUCAGCUCCACGUUCGAAGCCCAUUGAUUGACGAUGCAGUGGAGAGUCGGCUGCUUCAUAGGCACAGGGAGGCGUUGACUGCGUUGAAGGUGCAGGUAGCAUCGCACGAUCCACAUAUUCCAUGGCUUUCGAAAGCCUUCUUGCCAAGACGCGAUGUACGAAGACUGAAGGAUGUCUGUUUCCACAGCGAGUUCAAAGGCACCUUUCCACAAGAGUACGUUCCUUGGCUCGCUGCAAUGGUCUCAUCUCCAAACGAUCCAUCCGUGCAAAAGUCGCCCCUACCACAGAGUCUGGCAAAUCCUCAGGUACCGCCGUCGCCCGGGGCUGCUGCUGAUACUCCGAUGGCAUGGGAGCCAUUGCAGAAGUUCGAACUGUCUGGAUUUUCACUUGAACCAGAGGAUUGGAAGAUAAUUAUCGAGGCGCUUGAUUUUUCUAGACUGAAGACAUUAAACUUUUCCAGGAGCAACUUUUCAAUCGAGCAGUUCAAGACUCUGGUCGAUUGCAUCUCAGACGCUGGUUUUGAUGUACCGCUAGAACAUUUCGACUUUCGUGGGUCAACUCUUUCUGUACAAAUUAUGUCCUCCAAGAUGCAACAGCUACGCGAGACACUUAGUGAGAAAGCGCCCCAAAUCGAACUUAUAUAUUGAUGAUUUUAAGUAAUAGAAAUUGUACCUGACGGAAAUAAAAGAUACUGCGCCUACUUUAUUCAGCAACUUGCAGCAGCAG